GAUUCACGAUGAGUGCGUUCAGUACGUUAGCUUUUUCUGCGGCAGAAAUCACCAACCUGCUACCGUUGACCGCUGUGAUCGUGUGCAUCGGCGCGACAAUCAUGUUUUUGAUCAAGGCCGCCGUAAUACUUCGAGUGCAGGCCGAUGACGUUUUAAGGCCGUCGAACGUAACGCAGCAGAACCACAACGUGCAUGUACCGCGCCUGAAAAUGACCCGUGUCCACAUACCGUUCACAUUUCGGCUGCUCGACGCGGGAAACAAUUCGUUUGACGAGGUACGCCUAGCGGUGUCCAGUCAGGUGAAGUACUCGCUGCAAGCGUUCUGGGGCGUUUCGAUCCGCGAGCUGCAUGUGUCACUGUGGAGAACGUGGAACGAUCUGCGGGAGGCAUCGAAUGCGCACAUUGUCGAUUCCAGCUACUGUCAGCAACUGGCAACUAACGUAAGAUGCUGUCAACCGCACACGGAACACAUCAUUGCCCUGCAAUCUCCGAAGCCACCGUUAAUCUUGGGUGCUCCACCCCGACUAGCCUACCCGUUGGUGGUGUUUAUGAUCCGGGAAACCGAACCAGAAGAGCUGCUUCAUCCGGAUGAAACGGUAAUUCUGGUAAAUGUCGUUCAUCUGCGGGAUCCGGUCUGUCCACUGCCGACGUCAAUUUUGGCCCAGUACUUGAAACAGGCGAGCGGUCAACUAUCAUGCUUGAAGCAACUCUAUCUGGCCACCGGUGAUCCUAUGACGGCUGACGAAACGACGAGCAAUGGCGGUAAUGGUGGAGCAUCCAGUAAUGCCGGUAACGGUGGAACUAGUAGCGGUAACACCGGCGGAACAACCACCGUCCCAACCGGAACGUUGUCGCUUGCGGAACCGGUAGCCUGUGCUGGCAAUAAUGAGACACUGCUCUGUUCGGAUUCGGCGCCACGAGACUGCCCGGUGGGAGAGCAGCUGUGCGUUGUGUGCCAUUACUUUCCGCUUUCCCGAGCGCUACUACCGUGCCGACACACGUGCAUCUGUGCGGUUUGUUUCUCCAAACUGGACCGGUGUCCCAUGUGUCGGGCGACGAUAACGAGCUACUUCUGCAUACGAACCGAGGAAUACUUACCGGCCAACACGACGAACGAGCUUAAGGUCAACGGCAAACCGAAGGGAACCGUUCACUGGCUCGACGCGCUCAACGAUCGGCUAACCGAUUUUCUCGGCUUUCGGUGAAGAACGCCGUAGUGGCA